CGGGUUUAAAUACGAGUGGAAGCCAUCUUGAACGUUUGGUUGACAAGACUUCUUCGCAGUCGGCUAAAAGAAAAAUUGUACACCUUACAAACACCGCAUAGAGAACCAAUUAUUGAAGUGAUCCAAGGGUUGAAGGAACCUGAGAGGAAGAAGAGGCUAAUUGACUGAACAUAACAUGGCUAGAUAAACAGUCUGCCCAUAGUGACAGCCAGCUAAGGCCUCUGGACUACGAUAUUCCAUAUGACCAUGGCAGAUUAUUGAAAUGUAAAGAACUGAACCUCAGAAAUUCGCAUUUACAAGAUAUCUGAUCAUUAAAUGGGGUAUUUGUUUAUUUUGACGUUUGAUGUCCGCAAAACUGCAACGUUGUUGAACCUGCCGUGAUACGAUUUGAACAAUUUAAUAUUUGGAUAACCCUUAAAGUCUCGAGAGUGAAGGGCAGCCUUUUAUUUUGAAGUGGUUGCAGCAGACUUCAUUUAAACACCGUAAAAGAUUCCAUCGCUAUUGAAACAAAAGACAUAGAUAUGAGCACCGCCCGGACGGAGAACCCGGUGAUUCUGGGCUUGUCCAACCAGAACGUCCAGCUCAGAGGCUCGGUUAAGCCUGUUGUAGCAGUCGGUGGAGGUGGAGCAGGCCCUCCACCACAGCCACUCAACCAGAUGAAAGGCGCAAUCAACAACGGCACUUCCCAACUGGCCCUCACAACUAAUGCUGUCAAGCCUGGAGAUGACUGGAAGAAGAGUUUGAAGUUGCCCCCGAAAGACAUGAGGAUGAAAACUUCGGAUGUGACUGCAACUAAAGGCAACGAGUUUGAAGAUUAUUGCCUAAAGAGGGAGCUUCUCAUGGGAAUCUUUGAGAUGGGCUGGGAAAAGCCAUCUCCAAUCCAGGAGGAAAGCAUUCCCAUUGCACUGUCAGGAAGAGAUAUCUUGGCCAGAGCCAAAAACGGCACGGGGAAGAGUGGAGCCUACCUCAUUCCCUUACUUGAACGUAUUGACCUCAAGAGGGACUGCAUACAAGCUAUGGUCAUAGUGCCGACCCGAGAACUGGCUCUGCAAGUAAGCCAAAUAAGUAUCCAGGUCAGCAAACACAUGGGUGGAGUAAAGGUAAUGGCGACUACAGGUGGAACCAACCUACGUGAUGACAUCAUGAGACUUGAUGAAACUGUACAUGUGGUCAUUGCCACUCCUGGGAGAAUUCUAGACCUCAUCAAGAAAGGAGUGGCCAAAGUCAAUCAAGUGCAGAUGGUUGUUCUUGAUGAAGCUGACAAACUCCUGUCUCAGGACUUUGUGGUUAUGAUGGAGGAAAUGCUGGGCUUCCUGGCCAAACAGAGGCAGAUCCUGCUCUAUUCUGCAACCUUCCCAAUCAGCGUUCAGAAGUUCAUGAACGCUCACUUGCAGAAGCCCUAUGAGAUAAACCUGAUGGAGGAGCUUACACUGAAGGGUGUGACCCAGUAUUACGCUUAUGUAACUGAAAGGCAAAAAGUCCAUUGCCUCAACACCUUGUUCUCCAGGCUCCAGAUCAACCAGUCUAUAAUCUUCUGCAACUCUUCUCAGAGAGUGGAACUCCUUGCAAAGAAGAUCUCCCAACUUGGUUAUUCAUGUUUCUACAUUCAUGCCAAGAUGAGACAGGAGCAUCGCAACCGUGUGUUCCACGACUUCAGAAACGGCCUCUGCCGGAAUCUUGUCUGCACUGACCUCUUCACAAGAGGAAUUGACAUACAAGCUGUGAAUGUUGUGAUCAAUUUCGACUUCCCCAAGCUGGGAGAAACGUACCUUCAUCGCAUUGGUAGAUCUGGCCGCUUUGGACACUUGGGUCUGGCCAUCAACCUCAUCACGUAUGAUGAUCGCUUCAACCUAAAAGGGAUUGAGGAGCAGCUGGGAACAGAAAUCAAGCCCAUCCCCGGCAUCAUCGACAAGAGCCUGUAUGUGGCCGAGUACCACAGUGAGAGUGGUGAAGAAAUCAAGCCAUGAGCCAAUCAGUCCAACCUCGAUUCCCCAUUGUAUUUUUUUCCCUUCAUCCCCCCGUCUUGGAGCUCUCGUUUUUCAUUUAUGUACAGUUUGUCAGUCUUCCUGUUUUGGAGGCCACCAUAAGGAAUCUGUAUUUUGAUUGGACGCGUUUCAGAAAGAACUCAAUUGCCUUUUUAAAGGGCUCUGAGCUGCACCAACACACCUGAAGACCUAAGCACCGGGAGGAAAGCAUGGGACCAAGUCAAAUGUAUCCAUGCACAUUGGGAAGAUUCAUAUCCACCAAUGUUGCAAAGCCAGCACCAACAGACCGCUAUAUGACACCAUCCAAUUCUCCAUGUUUUUAUUUUGGGAAGUUUUAACCAAUUUGUAUCAAGUGCCUUAACAAGCAGAUCGACUCGUUCUAAAGUAAUAACCCUUCAUUCUCCGUCAUCUCGCUCACUUCACACCACUCACGGUCGCCUAGUUGAAAAUUUGUCACUCUAAUUUAAUGUCCGAUCUCGUAGGUGAAUUCAUAGCUUUCUUUUUCCUUGGUUCGUCAUCUAUUUGCGACAGAAUGGAGGUAAUUAGGAGGGAAGCCGGUCUGAAUGACCUUUCUUUGCUGGCUUCGCUGCACACUUCAGUCUGGCUGACGAACUUGGAUGUUCCAUGGACAGAGAUGCUGGAUUUUGUUCCAAGAGACAGCCAGACUGUCCAGUGGCUCGUGUGGAAGCUUGUGCUUCUAAAAUACCCAGAACCUUUCCUCCUGUCUUCACACUAAAUACGAAGGAGCAGCCUCUCAGCGCUACGAGUCAUGAGGAUUCCUGUUCUGGUGGAGUUUACUUGUUGAACACUUUUUUUUUUUUUUCGUCCUGUGUUUCACCUUCCUAUGGAUGGCCAUACUUUAUUCUGCGAGAUGUGUAGCCAACAUGUCGGCUGCACCUUAAAUCCUGUGUAUAUACCUUCAUUUUAAGAUUGUUUUAAACAAAUUCAAAAGGCUGGCCAACAAACUGCCCCUCCCCCACCUUGUUAGCACUGGACUGUUUUCUUAACUUUUGUUUGAUCUGCAAUAUUGGCCUGUGCAUUUAUUUAUGAUUUUAAAAAUUGCAGAGUUUAUUGGAAUUUAAAACAUUUAAAGAGCUUGUGCAUGAAAUUUAUUUUGGAGGCAGAGUUCACUGAUAAUCUUUAGCCCUUACAAUUGUUGCCCUUAUUCUCCUGCUAUCAGUGUUAAAGUGUUCAGUCAAGACUGACAGUUUUGUCAAUCUUGUGCAUUUGAGUAAUGAAUUCUUAGUCACCAGCCUUAACUUGUGAAACCGACCCUUGAGACUCACUCGAAGAUAUCCUGUUGUAGAAAUUGGUGUUAUUGGACGAGAACCAUAUUCUAUCAUGUAGUAGUACUACUCGCUCUCGCAGUGCAGCCAAAUUGGCAGAGACUUUAUUUUCCAGGGGAGGUAUUGGCUGUUAUGUGCUGUGCUCAGUAAGCGCUGCUACAGCACUUCAAAUGUGGAGGAGGAAGCUGUGCAUUUCUGCCCUCCCCUUCCCCUUUUUUGAAGAUUUUUUGCCAAAUGCAUCAAAAUGAACCAUCUGACCUAAAAUGUAGCAGGAAUCCACUCCGUGCAUUGCUGGCUGGCUGGCUUGAUUUAAAACCAGCUCGCACAAGAUGCUCAAUUUAAAAGCGACCCGCGCAGGUUGGGCUGCACAGAGAUGGUUCAGUAAUUACACUGACUGCGCUGCUUUUUGUAAACCCAUAAUGCCCAAAUGGGAGAAAAGUGCGAUGCAGAUCUAAAAACAAUGAAUGGCAGAGGGGGAAAUUGGCAUAAAGCAUUGCAUAAUACAAUUAGUCGGACUGCUUGUUUAGAAAAUACUGUGGGCACCUCAGACUGCUGAGUUCAUGGCUUUUUUUCUCUGCCCUUGUUUAUUUCGGAUUUUGGAAUAUAUUUUCUUGCGUUUUUAUGCAAUAUAUUAACCUUGUUCUGCAUUUAGGUCCUCUGACCACCCGAUUGAUCAGCGGAAAUCUUUUUGCAGACACGGUUCCCUUUGUUAUGGUGAGAUGCUCUCUAGACUUCUAGCCAAUGAGAAGUAGUAUUGCACAUUUAAUUUUUUUAAAUGACUGUUAAUCAGUUUUAAAAAAAAGUCACCGUUUUAUUUCUCAUUGGUUAGAACUGAUCCCUGUUCUCUCAACUCUGGUCCCCUGAAUACGUGUACACCUAAUUUGGCUUGGUUUGGGCGGGAGGGCCUUCUUAAACGCAUUAUAACUUAAGUGAAACAUUAGUUGAGUGAGCAGGGAUCUAAUGGCGCAGGAGCCUGGCAGCUGCCUGUUGUCAGCCGCUGGCAGUGAAGCAGCGAAAUGCUCGCGCAGCAAAAAAUUGACGAUGCCUCAAGAUGUAAUGUAGUACUACUUUUUGAUGGCAUGCUGCUUUACUGCCAGCAGCUGCCUUGUGAGAACCUUAAAGACUGAGACAAGAGCAUCUUGCCCCUUGAAUGGCAACGUAAUUGGUUUAGUUAGUAACUUAUUGUCUCAUUCUUUAAGGUGUUUUUUUUUUUCCGAUUUGUGGGGUGGCUAAAUUGAUGCCGUUGCUGCCCUGAUGCACAUGUUCGUCCCCUCUCGAUGGUUCUGAAACAAUAACAUCUUGUGUAUAAUCUGGCCGCUUACCUGCUGUUGAGGAUGUGAGGAUUUCUUUUAGAACUGAUGCAUCAGUAAAAUAAUAUGGGGAGGAGCCUUUUGGCAAUAAAACAAGAUACAAUCAAGUUCCAAAGUUAUGUUAAUGGAUAUACAAAGGUUUGCAAAAUUGCCCUAGUUCUUUUUCAAAUGAAACGUUAAAGUGGAGUUAACCUUGUUUAAAAGUCUCCAAGUUUAAGAAAUAAUUAAAGACUCCGUUGUUAUUUUAUGAAAAUUUGGUUGUUUAAUUGGAAAGAUUUUCAGUGAUGCUAAAUUGGACUUGAGUUUGAAAAAUGUCUUAAAUAUUAUUGGAUUCUAUUGAAAGUUUUGUUGAUAAUAAAGCUCACUGAAAUUUA